AUGAUAACCUCGUGGCGGACAACUAAACCCUCCGGCUCUAGCGUCGAUGGCCCCGAAUCCGGCACAGCCCAAGCCGUGGACAAGGCGAUCGACCAAGUGAGGGAGGAUGUUAAGGGGAUUGACGGUAAAUUUGAGAGCGAUGUCAAACAACCGCUUGAUACAGCAGUCAAAGAGCUGGAAGGCGCCGUUGACACUUUCAACGAACAAGCUAAGCAGCAAGUCAAGGAUGCGGCCAAGGGGGCGAUUGACAAAGCGGCUAACGUGAUUAGUACUCAGAGUGGUGAAAGUAAAAUUGACUUGCAGAAAACGAUGCCGAAUUUCCACAAUGCGCACAAGGAGAUCACAACAAACCUCAAACCGAAACUUGAAAAAUUACUCAAUGACCACAUUGGGAGGGAUGACACAAGUGACGGUAAAAAAGACCAAGUAAAGCUGUCUAAGGAUUUUAAGAAAUAUGACAAACAAGUAUAUAUUGGCUCUAUAACCGACAAAGUCUAUGGGCCACUCUCACUAGCGAUCGAGAAGGUUAGAGAUGAGGGGCUGAUGGAGAUUAAUAAGCAUGUUGGUAAGAGAAGUGGCGUCGGGCCAGCGAUCACAGAUAAGCAAAUAACCGAUUCCUUCAAGGCAAUAAAGAAGCAGCUUGAAGGGAUUGUCGAGUUGGUUAGUGACAGAAGGAUCGGGUAUCUGGGCGAAUCAAUAAACAACAGUAGUGGGUUGAGAACGUUCUUGAAACAACUUCAAGAAAGUCUCGGCGAUAAGCAAUUGGGUGAUGUGAAAGGCCUUGAUGCAAUCACAAAGGUUAUUGCAGAGGUGCAAAAAGGGACGUUAGAAGCACAACCCAAGGCAAUUGGGGAAGCCGUCACAGCAAUUAAGUUAGAGCUUGAAGUGCUUAAGAAGAAAUUGAUAAGCGAUAGUGAUAGUGACAAGUCUCCUGUCAUCAACGCAUUGAGGGAUUUGAAGAAUACUGGUCUGGCUAGUGGAACAUGGAACGGCAAGGGUGGCAGUCCAGUAGAUGGUCUUAAGAAAAUCCAGGAGCACCUUAAAGAUCAGAAUGAAGAAUUGCCAAAGCAAACGAAACUCAUUGACGCGGCCAUUGAUGAUAUUAGGUAUGAACUGUUUCAGGUCGGAAUCAGGUUGAAUCACAAAAACGAAACCGACGAUGUCAUCGACCAAUUAGAUUGGUUAAGAAGAAAGAUUGGUAUAAGUGACGCGAAACCCGGAAAUCUUCUGAAAAUAAUUAGCGAGAUAAGUAGACUUUGGGCUGGAAAAUUUAGUGUGAACCCGGAUAAAAUCGCUCUGACCAUAAACACAAUUAAAGCAAGACUUCAAGGACUUAGAGGUCUGUUGGAAGGUGAUCAAGACAAUGACGUCAUUGCAACGUUGAAAGAUUUGAAGGAAGUUGGCUUAAGUAAGAAUUUUUGGAAAAAAAAUGAAAACGAGAAAGGCCUUCAGUUAAUAGAAAGUUGCCUAAAAUAUGUACAAACUACGGUGUCACAACAACCAAGGGAAAUCGAGCUGGGCGUAGAGCAGAUUACGAAGGAACUUGAGGGCCUGAGAACUGCGUUGAAAGAUAAGCACGGAGAUCCUAAUAACGACGUGAUCAAUCAACUGGAAAUUUUGCAAAAAAAUGGGCUUGGUGCCGAUGACAACCCUUGGAAAGGUAAUGCAAGUGGUCUCGGUAAAAUAAGGAGUAAGAUUCAAGGGCAGAAUGCGAAGUUGGCUGAGGCAAGUGACAACAUUAAACAAGCAACCGAAAGUGUACUGCAAGAGACAGAAACUCUGCUUAAGAGUGCUAAACACAAGUUGAGUCCAGAUCUUAUAGCUGAAGAUGGCGUUGUGCAGAAUCUGAAAACGUUAGAAGAGAUGAUAAAGAAUAGUGGAGGCAUAACCAACAAUAAUCUUAAAGACAUUUAUGAUACAAUUAGUGGGCUGCAAAACCAAGCUUUUAAAAACAAUCCCGAAAAUAUUGGACAAGCAGAACGAGAAAUUGCGAACGGACUUAGAAAGCUACAAAGUGAGUUGGAUGGUCAUGUUACCAAUCCGUUGAGAGAUGUGAUACAACAGGGGUUAGGUGGCGGUGACAAAUGGAAUGGCCAUGAUGCCAAGAGUUUUGAUCAUAUUGAGAGUAACCUUGAAAGGCAACAACGUGUAUUGACCGACCAACCCGAAAUAAUAAGCUCAGGUAUGAAGGAGAUAACUGACGAACUUCAGAGUCUCCGAACCGAGUUGCAGGGCACGGACAGCGACGAUCCCGAAAACAGAGGCGUGAUCCGUAAUUUACAAUUUAUGACAACUCACAUUGGUGGAAGUGAUAAAGAAGGCAUUAAGAAAAUUAAGCGUGAAAUGGAGUCCCUCAAGAACGACCAGGGCAAAGACAUUACCAAACAUCUUAACAUCAUGUCCAGUGCAAUCACCAACGCAGCUGGAAACCUAGCUUGGAAUCUGGGUGAGCUGGAGAAUUCGCAUAUCGACGGCAAGCUCAAAGGCAUACAAGAUGGUCUCGACAACCUCCGACUCACCGAGCUGGCCGAAGCCAUCAGGUUGUGCGACGACUUUCUCAGGGAUGCCGACGAGAUAGAAAGGAACACCAUCGCCGACCAUUGGAAGCACGUCGACGAUGAGGUGGACGACGGCAUCAAGGAACUCACCAAGGAGGCCCGUAGGCUGUACGUGGACUCGGUGCGGGAGGCGUUGGAAUUGUUUGCCAAGAAGGUCACUGAGGAUUUGGAGCAGCUGCAAAAUGAGAUAAACAGGGAUAGGUACGUGGGCUACAAAGGGUUCAUGAGGUACUUGCAAGGACCGCUGAGCUCCGAUCUAACAGGUGACGAACAGAGCGUCGCAGAAUUGUCAUCCGCCUUCCAGGAGGUGUUCGAGCAAAUAAAGAAGUAUGUCGCAGGGGAAAUCACCAGGCUGCACGAUGAGCAGAACAAGGAGAAGAAUCCCUCUUUGCCACCAACCGAAGAGCCAUAUACGCCUAAGCUCAACGAUGUAUAUGAAGUGCUCACCGAGUUACUCGCCUACCUCAAGGACUAUGAUGACGGUGCCGACAGACUCACCGAGCUGGUUGAGAGGCUGACCAAGGCGCUGAGUAAUUUGGUGCCCUCCGACUUCAAGCACCCGUCCACUCCGCUGCUGGACACUGUCUCUCGCGGUCUCAACAAAUUUGCCGCUGAGUUCUACAACACGUACAUCUCCGCCUACUCGGGGCAGCGGUGCAGGGAGGAGCACGCCCACAAGUACGCCAAGGUGUUACUGAGUAGGAUACCUAUGACGUACAAUGCGCUUACCAAGUUGGCGACGAAAUGUGAAGGUGAGUGGAAACCUCUUCAUAUUAGUAUGUUGACAACUGACGACAGGGACAACGCACUUGGCAACUACCUCACCCGGUGCGGCUACAGGGUGUCUAGUAACUAUGCUGUCCAGCAGGGUGAGUUGCGGUGUGAUAUGCUGGGAGGAGGAAUAUAUGAGUUAUUAGUAUCCCCGAUUCCAGAUGUGUCCAUAGAGUUGAUGGUUGACGGUGAGCCGAUAAAAAACGGAAUUACCUUGUACCACAUCAUAUCGCUGCUCUACGACGCCCUAUGCAACUACUUCCAAGCCUGCCACAUCUAUGUUCCUCCUAAGCCACGAUACCCGUGCACAGUCAAAGACAUGCUGUCUUGGCUCUCCGGGCUGCAGUAUACACGUAUUGCUGACAAUCUGCCUGACCACUGCAAGGCGUUGCUCAACCGCCGGUGCCACGAUGGCGACACCCCCAACAGGGACGAUCCCAUCAUGGGCAAGUGCAUUGAGAGCCUGCCAUAUACCAUCGCAGCAACAUGUUCACGCUCCACUGCCCUGCUCACCGUUAUCCAGGGCAACGGCCACGGCUUCGACCUCGCCGCCUACCCGUAUUCGGUGGACUUCUCCAACAACCGUGCCAGGCUCCACUACCCGGCUAACCCUGCCGAGCUGCUUGAUAUGCUACGUGAUAUAGCAUGCCGCCUGUGUAAAGUGCUCUACUUCCUGUACUCCCAGUGCUGCCGCAGCACCACCCGGGUCGGGGGGUGGCGGGAGUGCACGUACGGUCGGCAGAUACAGUCACACAACUGGCAGUGUAAACAAUUCACUACUUACUCUAGUAUCAGUACAACUGCUGCGGCAACAACUACAACUUCCUCCACCACCACCUCCAAUCCCGGCUGCCCGCACACCUCGCCGCUCCAGUCGUUCCUCUCCGACAGCUGUCACGGACUUCUGCCGCAUACCCUAACUGCUGUUAACAUGGCCAUCGAUUGUGCCAACUGCAAAGCCAAUGAAUUUGGCCAGCAGUGCCUCACUCCGCUCGGCUUCUGGGACCUGGGAUUUGCUGCUUCGAUAACUGUCACCGGCUGGGAUCUCGCCAAGCGCCUCGGCGAUAUGUGCCGUGACGCCGACGCCUGCCUGUUCGUGCUCUAUCGGACUCUGUCUUUGCUGUGUCCCACUGCACCCUCAUCACUCGCCGACGUGUUUGCAUUGUAUGCUCAGGUGCUACGGCAGUGGGACCCUCAUGACCGUGUUGAGCACCGUGGCGGCACGUACACCGACGCCUCCGAUUUCAUCUCUCACCUCAACACCGACGGCAUCGACAGCCUCUUCCCACUAUGGACACAGCUCCAUGGCAGCUAUGACAACAAUACGCUCACCACUGCCAUCUCAUCGCUCGCCGGCCAUGACCAUAAAAGCCACGAUGCGUUGUCCAGCCUCCUCAACGACUCCACUUGCCAGUCACCCAGUGGAUGCACUCCCUACCUCCAACCCCUAGGACUCCACGCCCACCACUCCUACCCGAAGAAGCACGCCGUGCUAUACAUCACGUGGAUAAUGUACCUGGUAUGGCAGUUAUGGGGGUUGCUAUGUGACUUACUCCACGCGCUGGACAACAUCGACUGCACGGCUUCUGGCUGCGCCACAUGCCCCUGCCAACCCGGCACCCACGGUGGGAAGGACACCUGCCACUGCCCAUCCAUCGUCCAGUGCGCCGGACCUCUGCCCACACUCUACCGUUACGGAUUCACGUAUCGCAACGCAAAUCUCCUGGUCACUGACAAUUAUGCCAUGCGCUGCGGUGACCUCAACACACAACUCAAACAGGCGCUGCACUCCGGCCACUUCACUGAAUUGUUUCAUCAAAUCGACCAACUCACAUGGCACAUCCGUAUGCCUUUCCUCCACUGCUUCAUUGCGCUGUGGUCUCUUGUAGCCCUGUACAUACUCCACACCUUCCUCCACCGCAUGGACGUACUCUACAUCCGAUCACAUCUAAUGACCACGAAGGCGUCUCACCUCAUCGACGUCAAGGCGCUACUCAUCCCGAGCAGACAGAUGCUGUCACUGUACGAUGCUAGUUACUUCGACGACGACCCCAACGAGCUGCUCAACUUAAGAUAUUAA